CCAAUAUUCAGUUCCGCAUUUAUCUCCGUCGUCAUUUCUUGCUGAUUGGGUUAUUCCAUUCACCAGAUUUUUCCAAUCGAAAAUCAAGAAACCUUUUCUUUUUCCAUGUGUUCAAGAAUAAACCUCCCCCUGGGUUUUCUCUUGCACAAAUCUCAUCUUGUGUUCUAUCUCCUUGGGUUUAGCAGCCAUUUCGUGCCUAGAUUUCUCUCGGGACUUUUUCCGAGCAAUUGAUGCGCGAGAGUGAGUUUAUUCCUCCUCAAUUUCUGCUGCGCAAAAUGGGUUGCAUUCAAGUCGAAUGCUGCAGGACUUGCUCGCCCACCACAGACGCCGACAACGAGGAAGACGAACCGGGCGUCUAUCCCAGCCCGUACAACGCCCGCGGGCCCUCCGACAACGUACCCCUGGACGCCGUGCACGUCCCGUCCUACAAUCUCCGACUGUCUGACGCCGCCCUCAGCCACCCGGAUACUACCCUGACGCCCUCGACAAGGAGAAUCAGGACAGCUACUGCGUGAAGACCGCCGUUCAGGGCAACCCUAACAUCCAUUUCUUUGGGUUUUUCGACGGGCACGGCGUUUGUGGGGCCCAGUGCUCGUCUUUCGUCAAGGACACGCUUAUCCAAAAACUCUCCGAGGACCCGUCCUUUCCUGUUGACCCCAUCUCAGCCUACAGCUCAGCCUUCCUGUCAACCAACGACCAACUCCACACUAUUGAAAUUGACGACUCCAUGAUAUGGGACUAACUCAAAGUGUAUAUUCUAACAAUUGUGCCAUCGUAGAGUUUCUCUUAGCCCUUUUAUGGUCUCACUGUCCUGACGAAGGGAGAUUCAUGAAGCAGAGGGAAUCAUGAAUUAUCAACAUCCAUAUAUAUCAAGCCAAAUCGAGACCAAUUUGUAGAAAAAAAAAAAAUGGCUGCAAUUACUAGCAGCCGGCACAUGAGCUUGGGCUCCCUUAGAUCGAGUAGCUGGGCCUCGGCUAGUGUGAGGGAGGUUUUCACUGCACCUGGGCAGGACACCUUUGGGAGGACUGGCAGAGAAUAUGAUGAUCAAGAAGAGCUCAUUUGGGCAGCCAUUGAACGGCUCCCAACUUAUGACCGUACGAGAAAAGGGGUUCUGAAGAAAGUGUUGGAAGAUGGAAAGGUGGUUCGUGAGGAAGUCGAUUUCACACAUCUUGGGGACCAACAAAAGAAGCGCCUCAUGGAGAGCAUACUCAGAGUUGUCGAUGAUGAUAACGAGAGGUUCUUGCGCAGCCUCAGAGAUAGAACUGAUCGGGUUGGAAUUGAUAUUCCGAAAGUGGAAGUUCGUUAUGAGCAUCUCUCUAUCACGGGAGACACACAUGUUGGGUCGAGGGCUCUUUCAACUCUGUUGAACUCAACAUUAAAUGUGAUAGAGGGGAUUCUUGAGAAAGUGAGGAUCAUCCCUUCAAAGAAAAAGGCUGUCGGUAUACUUGAUGUUAGCGGCAUCGUGAAACCUUCGAGAAUGACACUACUUCUCGGGCCUCCAGGCGCUGGAAAAACUAUACUGCUAAAGGCUCUUGCAGGAAAGCUCGAUAAUGAUCUUAAGGUAAAUGGAAAAGUCGCCUAUUGUGGUCACGAGCUCAUGGAAUUCGUUCCCCAGAGGACAUGCUCUUACAUAAGCCAACACGAUCUUCACCAUGGAGAGAUGACUGUGAGGGAGACAUUAAAUUUUUCAGGACGUUGUUUGGGUGUCGGAAUUCGAUACGACCUUCUUGUUGAAUUAGCAAGGCGAGAAAAAGAGUCCGGGAUUAAACCGGACCCUGAAAUCGAUGCAUUCAUGAAAGCCACAGCUGUAGUUGGCCAAGAAUCAAGUCUAGUAACACACUAUGUGCUCAAGAUUCUUGUUUUGGAUAUAUGUGCUGAUAUAUUGGUUGGAGAUGAGAUGAGAUGGGGAAUAUCAGGUGGACAGAAAAAGCGGCUCACGACCGGUGUAAUGUUGGUGGGACCAGCGAAAGUUUUCUACAUGAAUGAAAUAUCGACCGGUCUCGACAGCUCGACUACUUUUCAAAUUGUUAAGUACAUGAGGCAGAUGAUUCACAUCAUGGAUGUGACCAUGAUAAUAUCCCUCCUCCAACCUGCGCCCGAAACUUUCGAGCUUUUUCGAGAGUGUUGGGUUCAUGUGAAAUUCCGUACCUGCAAUCUCUACUUAACCGCUUACAAACCAUUUGAGAGCCAAAAGUGGAAGGAGCUCCGUGUACAAAAGAAAGGUAAAUGGGUUUUGCCUGAUUCUGAAGCAGACCGAAUUGCCAUAUUGUCCAGAGAGGAGAGGAAAGGUGUAGCCGACUUUUUACAAGAAGUCACCUCAGUAAAAGACCAAGAGCAAUACUGGUUCAAGAAAAAUGAGCCUUACCGAUAUAUUUCGGUGGAAGAGUUUGUGGACCACUUCAGAUCCUUCCAUAUUGGACAGAGCCUUUGUGAUGAACUGGCAGUACCGUAUGAUAGAUCGAAAGUCCAUCCAGCUGCAUUGGUCACUGAAAAAUAUGGGAUUUCGAACAUGGAGCUUUUCAGGGCGUGUUUGUCCCGGGAAUGGCUUCUGAUGAAGCGGAAUUCUUUCUUGUAUAUAUUCAAGACUUUCCAGAUAACUAUAAUGUCGAUAAGUACAUUCAUGGUGUUUUUCAGAACAGAAAUGAGGUCCGGGCAGUUGGUGGAUGGAGGGAAAUUUUACGGUGCAUUGUUUUUCAGCCUCAUUAAUGUGAUGUUUAAUGGCACAGCAGAGCUUGCUCUGACAGUUCUUAGGCUUCCCGUGUUUUUUAAGCAAAGGGAUGCUCUGUUUUAUCCUGCUUGGGCUUUUUCCUUGCCAAUUUGGCUUGUGGGGAUCCCGCUUUCGCUUAUGGAAUCAUUGAUAUGGAUUGUUCUUACUUAUUAUACUAUUGGAUUCGCUCCUGGGGCUGACAGGCACGUAUUUUUCCGCCAAUUGCUGGCAUUUUUUGCACUGCAUCAGAUGGCUUUGUCCCUAUUCAGAUUUAUUGCCGCACUUGGACGAACACAGGUGGUUGCAAACACUUUGGGUACUUUCACUUUGCUGAUGGUCUUUGUUCUUGGUGGUUUUAUUAAUGCCAGAGAUGACAUCGAGCCAUGGAUGAUCUGGGGCUACUAUGUUUCUCCCAUGAUGUAUGGUCAGAAUGCUAUAGCCAUCAACGAAUUUUUGGAUAAAAGAUGGAGCUCUCCAAACCCCGACAGCAGAUUUAAUGAACCAACAGUUGGCAAGGCUUUUAUGAGAAUGAGGGGAAUGUUUACAGAGGAUUAUAUGUACUGGAUAUGCGUUGCUGCUCUAUUUGCAUUCUCGAUUUUCUUCAACAUCUGCUUCAUUAUUGCACUCUCGUAUCUGAACCCUUUCGGAGAUUCAAGGUCUGUUACUGCGGAUGACAAUGACAAGAAGAAAAAGAAUCUUGCCGUCUCAGAAAAUUCGAACACUGAUAGUAGAACUGCAGCCUCGUCAGGUCCCAAAAAUGGAGGCAACUGCAUGCCUACUAAGAGUGAUUCUGAAGGAAGCAGCCGAGCAGAAACUGCAAAUGCGAAGAAGGGAAUGGUGCUCCCAUUCACUCCAUUGUCACUAGCAUUUGAUCAUGUGAACUACUAUGUUGAUAUGCCUUUUGAAAUGAAAAAGAGUGGGAUUGAAGAAACUCGUCUUCAACUGUUGAGAGAUGUUAGUGGAGCCUUCAGGCCUGGAGUGUUGACUGCACUAGUCGGCGUGAGUAGGGCCGGCAAGACGAACCUUAUGGAUGUUUUGGCGGGAAGAAAGACGGGUGGAAUUAUCGAGGGCAGUAUAAACAUUUCUGGUUAUCCCAAGAAUCAGUCGACUUUUACCCGAAUAAGCGGCUACUGUGAACAGACUGAUAUACAUUCUCCCCACGUGACUGUGUAUGAGUCGAUUGUGUACUCUGCCUGGUUGCGUCUUUCUCCGGAUGUCGACAAGGAAACUCGCAAGAUGUUUGUUGAACAAGUGAUGGAGCUGAUCGAGCUGAAUCCCCUGAGAAAUGCCUUAGUGGGUCUUCCUGGAGUUGAUGGCCUUUCGACAGAGCAGAGGAAGAGGCUCACGAUAGCAGUUGAACUCGUUGCUAACCCGUCCAUAAUAUUCAUGGACGAGCCAACUUCUGGACUCGAUGCCCGAGCAGCUGCCAUAGUCAUGCGCACGGUUCGCAACACAGUCGACACUGGCCGCACGAUUGUCUGCACCAUCCAUCAACCGAGCAUAGAUAUUUUCGAGGCUUUUGACGAGCUGUUGCUGAUGAAGAGAGGAGGACAAGUUAUUUAUGCUGUGCCUCUUGGACAUCAUUCUCAUCUAUUAGUAGAAUACUUUCAGUCUGUGCCUGGAGUUCCUGAGAUUAAGGAAGCUACAAUCCUGCCACUUGGAUGCUGGAUGAGGAAUGAAGAACUAAUUAAACAACUUAGCUUGCCAGCACCAGGGUCUGAAGAUCUAUAUUUCCCAACCCAAUUCGCUCAGUCUUUCAUUAAUCAAUGCAAAGCGUGCUUUUGGAAACAGCAUUUAUCUUACUGGAGGCAUCCUCAGUAUAAUUCCAUCAGGUUUUUUAUGACGGCCAUCAUUGGAAUUAUAUUUGGAGUCAUAUUCUGGGACAAAGGGGGACAAUUGUCUACACAACAAGAUCUAAUGAACCUGCUUGGGACUAUAUACUCUGCUGUUAUGUUUCUUGGAGGCACAAGUACUUCUGCUGUUCAGUCGGUUGUGGCUGUAGAAAGAACAGUCUUUUAUCGUGAAAAGGCCGCUGGGAUGUAUUCAGCAUUGCCUUAUGCAUUUGCUCAGGUGGCAAUCGAGGCAGUUUACAUAUCAAUUCAGACCUUCAUAUACAGCCUUCUUCUUUACUCGAUGAUUGGGUUCAAUUGGCGGGCAGAUAGAUUCUUUUGGUUCUAUUUUUUCGUAUUUAUGUGUUUCGUAUACUUCACUACCUACGGCAUGAUGCUUGUGGCAGUCACCCCAAAUUACCAGAUUGCUGCAAUUGUCAUGUCGUUUUUCCUCAGCUUCUGGAACUUGUUCUCGGGCUUUCUCAUUGCAAGAACGGAUAUUCCUAUAUGGUGGAGAUGGUACUAUUGGGCUUCGCCUGUCGCAUGGACUAUAUACGGGCUUGUGACUUCUCAGGUGGGAGACCGAACGAACUCUAUUCAAAUACCUGGCAGUGGUGAUAUUCCUUUAAGAGAAUAUCUCGAGAAUUCAUUAGGAUACGAUUACGACUUCCUGGGACCGGUUGCUGUGGCCCACAUUGGUUGGGUGAUUCUUUUCUGUAUCGUUUUCGCUUACGGCAUCAAGUUCCUCAACUUCCAAAAGAGGUGAAGGGAAUGAGUGAGUUCAUUCAAACACUUGCUACCUAUAUUUUUGUGUUUUGUAAAAGAGUUCCAUGUGGAAAGUAUAUCUUUUGGACACAAGUUUUGUUUAUUAGUAGUUGAUGUUGAUUGUGAUAUAAAAACAUUUAUUGUUCUGGGUAGAUGAGAUAAUUUGAAACUUUUUUUUUUUAUUCGAAACGAUAGAUUUUAUAGCUCAAGAGAACAAAACUGACCCAGGCUAACUCGCUUACAGACUUCCACAAGAAAGACUAAGAGGGACACCUCAAUGAGCCCUAAACAAAACUAAACAAACAAAACAGAGGUGGAUGAUCAGUUUAUGCAAUGACAAAGCAUAGAGCUCGUAAUUCUGAUUCUCUAGGACUUUUGACAGUUAACAACUGCGAAAGGAAAAGUUGUUAGUUUUAUAUUGUGUAUUCUCUGAACCUAGAUUUGGUUUCACUAUUUUAUUGUGUAUUCUAUAUUAUACUAGUAAAGUGUACGCGCGAUGCAAGUGGUGGUUAAUAUUUUUGGCCAA